AUGUCAAGGCCCUUUACCGGUGCACCGGUUCCCAUCGUCCCCGUCAUCGUUCCCAUAAGUUCCCGUCAUCGUCCGCGUGUCGCAGAGCGCUUGCGUUCCCCGGUGGAGCUGCAGCGGAGCUUUCCGCUGCCCUUUCCGCUGAAGCUCUUCGUGAACACCUCCCGGGCUGAGGCCGCUGCGAUUCUGCACGGCCAGGAUGAUCGAUUGCUGGUCAUUGUGGGUCCAUGCUCAAUUCACGAUCCCAAAGCAGCGAGGGACUACGCGCAUCGCUUGCAGGUCCUUCGGGAAGAGAUGAAGGACGAUUUGCUGAUUUUCAUGAGGACCUACCUGGAGAAGCCCCGCACCGCCGUGGGUUGGCGCGGCCUCAUCUCCGACCCGACCUUGAGCGGCGCCGAGGACGUGCCCAGGGGCCUGGCCCUGGGCCGUCGGGUGCUGCUGGACGUCCUGGCCGCAGGGCUUCCGACGGCCGUGGAGUUCCUGGAUCCACUGGUGGCGACCUACAUCGAAGACGUGGUGAGUUACGGUAGCAUCGGCGCGCGCACCGUGGAGAGCCCCGUGCAUCGGCAGCUGGCGGCGGCGAUGAAGAUGCCCAUGGGCUUCAAGAACGGCCGCAGCGGUGACCUGCAAAGUGCGGUGAACGCUGCCGUGGCGGCCUCCCUGCCGCAGAAGCGCUUGAGCACCGAUGCAAGGGGACACGUGCAGCUGGAGAAGGCCCCUGGAAACCCUGACGUGCACAUUAUCCUCAGAGGCAGUGAAAGUGGACCAAACUAUGGAGAGGCAUUUGUGGCUGAAUCCAAAGAGCGAUUGGCCAAAGCCGGAUUUCGUGGUUCACAGAUUCUGAUCGACUGUAGCCACGGCAAUUCGGGGAAGAAGUUUGAGGGCGAGGUGGUGGCUUGUGGGUCAGUGGCUCAGCAGGUUGCUGCAGGGAACACUGCUAUCGGUGGUGUGCUGAUUGAAAGUUUCCUGGUGGCUGGGAAUCAGAAGCUGGAACCAGGCGUCACAAAAGUGGAAGAUCUCAAAUAUGGCUGCAGUGCUUGGGGCCCUGGUGACAGGAUGGCGGAUGGCAUUCUGGAGAUGUCCUAA